AGAACCUCACCUUCUCUAUCCAAGUACCAUCCUCCUCGUCAUCACCCUCCGACCAAAGCAUAUGAAACGAAUAGACAUCUCGUGUGCUUCCCAAGCCUCAACGGCCAUAUGCUCGAGCAUGGAGAACAAGACCAAUCCUUCAUCUUCAUCAUCCAGCGUGCAUUGUCUGGGCAACCGAGCCAUCGAUCGCCACAAUCCCAUCAUCAAAGAUGCAAGGCGGUCCGUCCGGUCAUCCCGGCCCAUCACUGCCCCUUGCAGCUCUUCUCACUACCCUCCCAUCAACCCCAUUCCAUAUCACCAACUUCACCAGAAAACCAAACCCAACUCUCUCUUUCCUUCGAAAUCAAGCUUUGACGACCCCAACAAGAACCAGUCAAGGACUGACCAAACGAAGAACAAGAAGAAUAAGAAGAGGAGCGUGCAUAGCAUUUUGACCAGGAGCUUCUCUAGCAAGACGGAGACUGCGUCCACUGUGAGGAACAACGUCAGCCCCAAGCCCAAGCUCGGUCACUCUAGAACAACUCCGCCUGGUUCGACCCGGUAUCUCUUGGACAGUACCGGUUCAACGGAUGGGUUUUCAGAUCAUGACCCGGCUUUGGCACCUGCUCCGGCUCAGACUCAGAGUAACAAUGAUCAAGAUCAAGAUCGUCAUCAUCAAAUUUUUGCUUCCAAGCCCACUUCGUCUUCUUUGUCGUCUCGCUUUAAAUCUGCUUCAAACCAGGUGGUCGUCUUGAGGGUGUCGCUGCACUGCAAAGGCUGCGAAGGGAAAGUGAGAAAGCACUUAUCAAGAAUGGAAGGCGUGUCGUCGUUCGACAUAGACUUUGCAGCUAAGAAGGUGACCGUUGUGGGAGACAUAACACCAGUAGGUGUUUUGGCGAGCGUCUCGAAAGUGAAGAAUGCUCAGUUUUGGACAUCAUCGUCAACGCAAUAGCAAUUUCAUUAAUCUUUCACAAAGCCUACAAUGAAAAGUCUUAUCUCCUUAGUAAUAUGUUGUGGUCUUAGCCUCUUAGGAUUGGCUAGAAAAUGGAGUAGUUUUUGGUUUUUGUUUUUUUUUUUAUUUCUUUAACAUUUCCUCUUUUUAAUUUUAAUUUUAGUUGAAGAAAAUAAUGGGGUUGAGCAGUUCAUGAAAUUUCUUUUUCUUGUGUGUUUUUUGAGAAUCUCUGUUGCUUUGGAAGAUGGGAAUCUUUUGAUUCUUUUUCGGCUAUAUUCUCGGAUGCUAUUUUGUUGUCA